AUGACAAGUAACAGUACAGCCACAUAUACUUCAAUUGAUGCCAAACUUGAACCUAGCACAGCACGUCUGCCACCACCAGCAUUGUUCUACCCCCUUGAUGUGAAUAAUUUACAUUUACUCAAUCGAUUAGCAGUGUCGUCAAUGUGCAGUUAUGCUGCUGGUCCCGGGAACCAAAUUGCUAAUUUACAUUUAUCUCGUUACAAGUCAUUUUCAGCCCAACAUCCAGGAUUGAUUAUGAUUGAGGGAAUGUGUGUUGAUCCAAAGGGGAAAUUGGAUGACAAGGAAUUGGGUAUUUGGAAUGAUGAACAAGCGGAAAAGUUGAAGAUGAUUGUGGAUGAAAUUCAUAAAGAUGGGUGUGUUUGUUGCGUGCAGUUGUCACAUGGAGGAAGAAAAGCCAUCGGUGGAGGCACCAGUGGUGAUCUGAAUGGAAGCAGUGCAGCUUCAAAUGAUGUUGAUGUUGAUGUUGAGAUACUUGCUCCUUCUGAAAUUGCAUACGAUAAUCGACUGAAAAUCCCUAAAGAAAUGACAUUGGCGGACAUCAAUCAUGUGAUUUCUAGUUUUGCCCAAGCUGCAAAACGAGCAGUCACGAUUAGUCAAGUUGACGCCGUUGAGAUUUCCUGCUGCAAUGGGAAUUUAUUACAUCAAUUUAUGAGCAAAACAACUAAUUUUCGUCAUGAUGAAUACGGAUGUCAAUCAAUUGAAUCCAGAUGCAAACUCUUGUUGGAUAUAAUUGAUCAAGUUCGCAAUCAAAUUGGUGCACAGCCUCCAAUAUUUAUAAAAUUAUCAGCCUGUGAUAACUUAUUCAAAGAUGAGUCAUUAGAUGAAUUUUUAGCUGUUGCUGAUUUAAUCAUUGCUACAGGUCAAGUGUCCUUAAUACAUGUUACUUCUGGUAAAAUCACCCCCAACUCAAAACCUCGUUAUUCAUUAAAUUCAAAUCCAAAUAUACCAGGUCAUAUUCCAUUGGCAUCGGUUUUGAAGAAACAUAUCAAUGACCAGUGUCUUGUUGGAUGUAGUGGUGCUUUAGAUAUGGAUGUGGUUAAAUUGAACAAAUAUAUUGAAGAGGGCAUGAUAGAUGUUGCAUUUAUUGGACAAGGAUUCUUGGAAAUGCCGGAUUUAGUGAAUCAAUUUGCAGCAAAAUUGAAUUACAAGAUUAAAUAA